CAUGGAAUUCUCUUAACGGUUCAUUCCCUCCAAUUUGUCCAGCUUGAACAAUGCCGCCAGAAGAAGAGCCAGACUUUUCUUUGAAGGAGACCAAACCAAACAUUGGUGGAGGGAGAGUUUCCGGUGGUGCAAAGCUCACGUCCUCAUUCGACCUCGUUGAGGAGACGCAUUUUUUAUUCGUGAGAGUAGUGAAAGCCAGAGAUUUACCAUGGAACAAUGCCCGUCGCACUUGUGACCCAUUUGUCGAAAUUAAGAUUGGAAACUAUAGGGGAACGACAAAGUUCAUGGAGAAGAAACCAAACCCAGAAUGGAACCGAGUGUUUGCCUUUCGAAAAGAACGCAUUCAGACCUUAUCUGUGGAUAUCACCGUGAGACAAAAAGAAUCCGUCAAUGAUGAGUUCAUCGGUGCGAUUAGCAUCAGUGUGUCCGACAUUCCUACACGUGUUCCACCUGAUAGUCCACUAGCACCGCAAUGGUAUAAAUUGGAGGACAAGAACGGGGUAAACAUGGGCAGAGGAGAGUUGAUGUUGGUUAUUUGGUUCGGGACACAAGCUGACGAGGUGUUUCCUGAUGCUUGGCAUUCGGAUGUAGCAACUGUCAGUGGUGAAAGCAUUAUAAAUACUCGUUCCAAGGUCUAUCUUUCACCUAGACUUUGGUAUCUUAGAGUCAACAUAAUUCAAGGACAGGAUUUGGUGACUCCAGAUAAGAACAGGAACCCGGAGGUUUAUGUUAAGGCAAGUUUUGGGAAUGUGAACUUGAGGAGUAGAGUUUCGCAAGACAAGUCCGUGAACCCUAGAUGGAAUGAAGAUCUGAUGUUUGUUGCGGCAGAGCCAUUUGAUGAUCCUCUGAUUUUGACCGUGGUGGAUAAACUGGGAAAUAACAAGGAGGAGAGCCUGGGAAGGUGUGUGAUUCAUCUAUCCAAGGUGUACAAAAGGUGGCUGCCUGAGCCAGUGGCUGCGAAAUGGUUCAAUCUCGAAAAAGUUUUAGUGGAGAAGUCGGGAGAGGUGAAGGAGCUCAAGUUUGCAAGUAAGCUUCACAUGAGGAUAUCUCUAGAUGGCGGCUAUCAUGUUUUUGACGAAUCCAUUCACUGCAGUAGUGAUUACAGAGCAACAUAUAAGGCGUUGUGGACACCAACAAUCGGGGUCUUGGAGUUGGGGAUUAUAGGUGCCAGUGGCUUGGCUCCAAUGAAGUCAAGAGAUGGACAUAAAACUACUGAUGCUUAUUGUGUGGCAAAAUAUGGGCCUAAGUGGGUAAGGACAAGAACAGCAGUCGACAGUUUUUCUCCCAAAUGGAAUGAACAAUACACUUGGGAUGUUUAUGAUCCAUACACGGUCCUCAUGAUUGGAAUUUUUGAUAACUGUCACCUGCAUGGAGAGGACAUGCUUGGGGGUCCAAAAGACCCGACCAUCGGGAAGCUAAGGAUCCGCUUGUCUACACUUUCUACCAAUCGAAUUUACACAUAUUCAUUUCCACUUAUAGCUUUGCAACCCAGUGGAGUGAAAAAGAUGGGAGAAAUUCAGCUGGCCAUGAGAUUCACAUGCCCAUCUUAUACAAAUUUACUUGCAGCUUACACAAGAACUUUGUUUCCCAAGAUGCACUAUACUCACCCAAUGUCCGUAUACCAGCUUGAUAGUUUAAGGCAGCAAGCCACUCUUGUUCUAUGUUCGAGGUUGAGCCGCACCGAGCCGCCAUUAAGAAAAGAGGUUGUGGAAUGCAUGUUGGAUGCAGGUGGUCAAAUGUGGAGUCUGCGAAGAGGCAAGGCUAACCUUCAGAGACUUAUGGCGGCAUUUAAUGUAUUUGUGGAGGCAUGGAAAUGGUUUGAUCAGAUACGCAAGUGGAAGAACCCUGCUGCAAACGUUUUAGUUCUCUUGUCGUAUUUGAUUAUGUUGUUCUGCCCAAAUUUGAUAUUGCCCACACUGCUCAGCUACUGCUUUUUGAUUGGGAUUUGGCAAUAUGGGAAGCGGCCACGAAAUCCUCCGCACAUGGAUAUCAAACUAUCUCUUGCAGAUUCGACAAAUGCUGAUGAACUGGAUGAAGAGUUCGACACAUUUCCAUCUUCUAGACAAGGUGAUGCACUCAGAAUGAGAUAUGAUCGAUUGAGAAGCAUUGCAGGAAGAGUUAUGAUUAUGGUUGGUGACUUGGCAACUCAAGGGGAGAGGUUUCAUUCGCUGUUGAGCUGGCAGGACCCGAGAGCUACUGCUAUAUUUCUGGCCUUUUGUCUCAUAGGUGCCAUAUUUUUCUACUUGAGCAUGAUUUCCUUGAAAUAUUUCCUCCUCUUUGCUGGCUUAUAUGUGAUGAGACCUCCAAGAUUCGGCCUUGAUGUUCCUUGCGUACCCCAAAACGUCUUCAGGAGGUUACCCACGAGAACAGAUUGCAUGUUAUGAGAAAGAAACUUUCAUUCUUAUUUAUCUUGAUGUUGCAGUAGUAGUCUUUGGUAAUUUUGGACCCUCUUGUUGAAUUUAAA